AUGGUAGAAGAAGCUGCGACCAAGAAGAAGAGGACCUCCUCACGGGCUAGGACCGGCCUGCAGCUCUGGAAGAUGAUCGCGGCCGCUGUGAGAAUCAGCAGUGGCCGGAAGGGGACUUCUGUACAGGCCAUCAAGAAAUGCCUGAAAAAUGAAGGUGUGGAUGUGGAGAAAAAUAACAGUCAUAUCAACAGAAACAUCGUCCGUCUGACGAACAAAGGGGUCCUGAUCCAGGUUAAAGGGACCGGGGCCAAUGGAUCCUUCAAGCUUGCCAAGACGCUGAAAGAACCCAAGAAACCCAAAGCCAAGAAAGCAGUGGUAAAGAAAGCAGUGGUAAAGAAAGCAGUGGUAAAGAAAGCAACAGCCAAGAAAGUAGUGACCAAGAAGAGCCCCGCCAAAAAGACAGCUGUUAAAAGAACAGUCGGUAAAGGAACUACCAAGAAAGCUGUCACCAAGACGACAGCUAAGAAAACCACCAAAAAGAAGACAAUCAAAAAGAUCAGCAAAACCCCGUCCAAGAAGUCCAAGCCAGCCAAGAAGACCCUUGUGAAGAGAGUGAAUACAAAGAAGGUUAUCCAGAAGAAAACAACCGCUAAAAAAACCAAGAAGUAA